AUGUCUUCUGAUCAUGGAAACUGGGUCGCUUAUACAUACUAUCCCUCGAUGGGCGCGGCGGUAGUCUUCAUCAUCCUCUUCGCAAUUGUGACUAUCCUUCAUACCUUCCAUCUUUUCCGCACGAGAACAUGGUUCUUUAUCCCCCUCGUCAUUGGUGGAUAUUUUGAGCUUGUUGGCUAUAUUGGCCGCGCAAUGUCAUCACAGCAGUCCCCCAACUGGACGAUCGGGCCCUACGUUAUGCAAAGCACACUCCUCCUCAUCGCCCCAGCGCUUUUCGCAGCAAGCAUCUACAUGGAACUUGGUCGUGUCAUCCUCAUGGUAAAGGGCGAGCAGCUUGCGCUCGUGCGCGUGAGCUGGAUGACCAAGAUCUUCGUCGCGGGCGAUGUACUGAGCUUCCUGAUGCAGGCAUCUGGGGCUGGACUCAUGGUCACGGGCUCGGACGGGUCAGCCAGCACGGGCCAGAAUGUGAUUAUCGGCGGUCUCAUUGUGCAAAUCAUCUUCUUUGGAUUCUUCCUUAUCAGUGCGGUGAUCUUCCAACGCCGUCUCAAUGGCAAUUCUGGUGCGGCUGCUGUCGCAAGCCAGUUCCCUUGGCGCAAGCAUAUGGCUGCUCUGCACUCAUCCAGUAUUCUUGUUUUGAUCCGGUCUAUUGUCCGUGUUGUUGAAUAUGUUCAGGGCGAAUCAGGAUUCUUGAUGCAGCACGAGGUGUUCAUCUAUGUUUUCGAUGGGUUGCUGAUGUUCGCGCUCAUGGUCAUCUUCCUUGCCAUCCACCCAAGUGAGGUGAACUAUCUUCUUGGUCGGGGUCAUGUUGUGACGGCCAUGGGUGGGUUGAAAGUGAAGGAGGGAUCGAUGGUUUGA